AUGGAGAUUCUAACUGUUGUCGUCCCAGACCUCAUCCGAUAUUCCAAGGACUAUUUGAUGGAGAACUCUCUUUUCCAACAAGUCGAGCACAUUCGCAAGGGAACGUUGCCAGCUGCCGUCUGUCCUCACCCGAUCCGUACAAUGGUCGACGGCAUUGACUACUGUGGAUCGGCUAUUCAGGUACCACAGAUUAAUGUCGAACACACCUCAUUUACAAAUUGAGGUGCCGAUUGCCACACAAAAGAAAUGCGACAUUGUGCUGCAUGACUGCGAAAAGGUCUCUCUCAAUUCCGACCAUUUGGCCGGCAUCUUGGGCGCAGACACCGUUUUCACUCUGGGCAAAAACAAAGAGGACAAUUUGUACUUCCUCCUCGUCGAUCGUAAUCCUGAAAAAGUGGGACCGAAUAAGAUGUUCAUUGCGAGAGCAUUGUAUUUUAUAUUUGCAGGUUGCUCAUGCCGAGGAGAUCACAAAAGUGAUGGCCGCGAUGGUCCAUCUGACGACUAAUCUGAAAUUGCGUGAGUUGAAAGAGAUUGCGCAAAUCCGACUUCCUGUCGCGUUGGCUGGAAGCUUCCUGCUCAGCGUCAAAUGCGAAGAGAAUGGGAAGCGCUCUCUUGAACUCUUCGAUGAGAACAUGACUCAAGUGGGAUUCGUUAAUGGAUUUGCCUGGAGAGAUAUUGUUGUCUAA